CCACCGCCCACCGCACCCAACACGCGCGCCGUCCACCACCCAGACCCCACCCCCACCCCGCCCCCGCUCCUCUCCCCGUUGUCGCGCCGGCGAUCCCCGCCUCCUCGAUGGAUCCUGUGAAGUCGGAUGGCGACUCAAAGAAAUGCAAUAAGCCCAAAUAUUCUAAGUUUACACAGCAGGAGCUUCCAGCAUGCAAGCCACUACUGACACCUGGAAUUGUCAUCGCUGCCUUCUCGCUCAUAGGGGUCAUAUUUGUUCCGAUUGGGCUUGCAUCGCUGUCUGCAUCGCGAGAGGUUGUCGAAUUGGUGGGUCGAUAUGAUGUAAGUUGUGUGCCCGAUGAUGACAAGGUCCAGUUCAUCCAAAACUCCCAGAGUGACAAAAAAUGCACAAUAACACUGAAUGCGCCUAAAUAUAUGAAGAGCCCAAUCCAUGUAUACUACCAGGUCAGUGGCUUCUAUCAAAACCAUCGAAGGUAUGUGAAAAGUCGAAGUGAUAAACAACUGCGGUAUAAGAGUGCUGUGCAUUUGACAAAAGAUUGCGAGCCUGAAGAUAAUGCCGCUAAUGGUGCUCCAAUUGUUCCGUGUGGCCUUGUUGCUUGGAGUAUGUUCAAUGAUACAUAUGUGGUUUUGGUCAACAGCAAUGCUAUUGAAGUGAACAAAAAGGAUAUAGCUUGGAAGAGUGACAAGAAUCAUAAAUUCGGUAAAGAUAUCUAUCCCAGUAAUUUUCAGAAGGGAAGGCUCAUAGGUGGUGCUAAGCUAAAUGAGAGCAUACCAUUAAGCGAGCAAGAAGAUCUCAUCGUUUGGAUGAGAACCGCUGCCCUCCCAACUUUCAGAAAGCUGUAUGGCAGAAUUGAGAAAGACAUAAUGGCAAAUGAUAACAUAACAGUGGUUAUACAGAACAACUAUAACACAUAUAGUUUUGGAGGAUCAAAAGCGUUGGUCCUUUCUACUACAUCUUGGAUUGGAGGGAAAAAUAACUUCAUUGGUAUUGCAUAUCUGACUAUAGGUGGUUUGUGCCUUUUCCUUGCAAUGGCUUUCAUGGUAAUCUACAUGCUUAAGACAAGGACCCUUGGAGACCCCUCAUACCUGUCAUGGAAUAGAGAUAAAUGAGAUACCCUGGAGCAUUAAAACUUAUAGAAUGGAGUCCCCUUGAUGGGAAUAAAAGAGCAUUUCAAUGGGUAAAUUUCUUCCAGUUUGAUAUAUGGGUGCUUGUUCUUAUUCCCAUUCAUUAUGUUGGUUCAGACACAUGACUCUGGAGCCGUAAUAGCAUGAUACAUGCAUGAGACAGAAUGCAUUGUAAUCUGUUGUCUUAAAUUUUAUAUGACCAUGCAGACUUGCCGAGAGUCGUAUCUUAAUUAAGACUAUGAAAUAUAAACUAAGUAAAGUGCUUAUGGUAGCAGAUAUUUAAUAUCUA